GAAUGCAAUGGGUGUUGGUGAAGUCAUGAGAAAGCGCCGUUUGUUUUUGUUUUUCACGCGUUAUAAAGCUCCGUCUAGAAUUCUGGUGAUUUUUAUUAAAGCAUUUUUCACACCGCCAGUUUUUUUUAAGAGGGAUACGGUAUAGUCAUAAUCUCAAAGAGCAGCGCAUAGCCUUGGAACAUUCAAACAUGCCUUUCUUCACUAAGUUAUUUGCUGUGUAGUGAAAACAUACUUUCGUUGAACGGCUUGAAGGGAAAUCACGUUACUGCUGAAAAGGGAGUUGCAUCGCUUCGUUUUUUUGAGUGAAAUGGAUGGAUUCACACUUCCAAACUGACCUGUUUUAUAUAAAGGGUGGUAAAUGUUUCUAAUUCGCUCAGUCUGCUCAAUGAGACUGAAACAUAUGUUUUGGAUUCUAUGACACACUCAAUUUACUCUCGGUUAGAUUCAGUGGAAUCGCUUCCAUAUAUGUUUUAUCUCGGCCUGUUUUUUGUUAAUGUCUUAAUUCUCUACUAUACCUUCUUAAUGGAAUACAUAGUCCUUAAUGUAGGGAUAGUAUUCUUGCCAGAGGAUAUGGACCAGGCACUGGUGGAUUUGGGUGUACUUUCUGACCCAGCCUCAAUUCCAUAUGACACAGAUGCUGAGCUGGAUGUUUUUGAGGGUUAUCUGGAAUAAACAAACCAUGAUUGACACUUCAAGCCGAAGCCUUUGUGGGGAAGAUAUCACUGGGCUGGUUCAUUUGGUUUCUGGACAACCAUUGUCAAAGGGAACUACAUAUGAUCUCUGCAGACAUAAAAGGAUGCUGCAGUGGUCAGCCUAUAAAAAAGUGACUUUCAUGAAUA